UGACCCCAGACCUCUCUCCUAGCACCCCCAUGGCCAGCCCAGUGGACACCAGUCCUGGCCCUCCCGUCGUGGUAAAACAUGAUCCCGAAGAGCUCGGGAUGUACAUUAUCGUCAGUGAUAUCGCAGCCGGGACGUUCGGGACAGUCAAAAAGGCCAUCCACAAGGUCACUGGGCAUCGGGUCGCUCUGAAGUUUCUGUCAAAAGCUGCUGUUGCCAAUAACGGGAUGAAAACGCGCGUGCGACGUGAAUUCGAAUACACCCGGAUGCUGCGGCAUCCCCAUAUCAUCAAGCUUUAUGAAAUCAUCACCACGCCCGAAGAGAUCGUGUUCGUGCUCGAAUACGCGGAGGGCGAGCUCUUCGUGUACAUCCGCGAUCACGGACCGCUCGACGAGGAUCUUGCGCGACGAUUCUUCCAGCAAAUAAUCGCGGGAGUGGAGUACACGCAUCGACAGAAGAUCAUACAUCGAGACCUCAAGCCCGAGAACAUCCUCCUCGACGAAUACUCCAAUGUCAAAAUCGGCGACUUUGGUCUGUCUAAGGAGGCCAAAGACGGGGAGUUCCUGACGACGAGCUGCGGCAGUCCCAACUAUGCGGCGCCCGAAGUUAUCAGAGGGGACCGGUACUCAGGUCCUGACGCUGAUGUGUGGAGCUCAGGCGUGAUCCUCUACGUUCUGCUCUGCAACCAGCUUCCUUUCGAGGACGAGAAUAUCACCGAGUUGUUCGAGAAGAUCAAAACGCUGAAGUACGAUCUGCCGACCCACCUGAACCCACUCGCGCAGAACCUGAUCAGAUCCAUGCUCGUGCUGGAUCCGUUCCAGCGUAUAACGAUCCCGGAAAUCAUGAAACAUCCUUGGUUCACAGUCGACUUGCCGAGGUAUCUGACGCCCCUGCCGCCCAUACCGGGUGCCGUGGUCGGGACUCUGAGCUCUCUGGUCGCUCCACCGGUUGUCCCCCUGGACAGGGACCUUGAGUACGUGGAAGGACUGGGCCGGAUUGAUGACGAGGUAGUCGACGAGUUGGUUGAGCUCCUGGAAGGAGUCGACAAGGAAGAAGUCUUGCACAGUCUGCGUCGGGACGACGGGUCUCGCGGGAAUCAAGUCAAGGUCGCCUACAUGUUGCUGCAGGACAAGCGGAGAGUGGGCAAAGACCUUGCGAUCGUUUCUGAGCUGGAGCGAGAAGCGGAGCUGGCGAGCAUGGACCCCAGGAAUGCGAUCUCUCCCAAUGCGGUUUCUCCCAACGGCGGCGAUGCUGAUGAAAAUCCGUUUGAGGCUGAGUUUGAGGAGGACAUCGACGACGUGGAUGACGAGUUCAUCGACCUUGCGGAAGACGAGGUAGACAUGCCAUCGAGAUUCUCCAUCCUAGGAAGCUCUCUGCCGGCGCCUGAGUCGAUGAACACCGGUCGGCGACGGCAUAAAAAACGCUCCAAAUGGCAAUUCGGGAUACGCAGUUCGAGUCCGCCUCUGAAAGUGUUGAAGGAGAUCUACGCGCAACUCAAGGCGAUGGACAUGGAGUGGAAGUACAGGCACGAUCUCAGCGACAUCUUUUGUAUCGAGGCGAGAGCGCGAGUGAGAGAUUUCGUGAUUCUUAUGAACAUCAAUCUGUACGACACGAAGCAGCACUUGGGGCUCGAGUACUACCGGCUCGACUUCGUACACAAGAAGUCGUAUCGCGCGUCGACGCUCCCUGGUGCCGGCAAAUACGAUGCGGCGCCCCGUGAGGGAUCCGAGUCCGAGUCCAUUACCCGAUCGUACGCUCGGUCGGUGUUCACGGACGGACUGAAUGACAAGAAAACGAUUUUGUCUCCCUUUAUCUUCAUGGAACUGGCCGCUGAACUGAUCCUCAACCUUGCUGCCAGUAAUGCUAAUGACUGACGAGUAUCUUCCUGCUGUGUACCAGGUCAUAUACGUAACAUGUACUUGUAAAUGUAGAUCAUGUACUGUAAUUGUAACAGUUUGAGAUUCAUGCAAGUCGUAUCGACUCUCUAGCUUCUACUUGUAUCUCGACAGACUUGUGGCUUC